CCCCAUUCCUCCUACCACAAACCCUAAAAUCUUUGUUUCGAGCUUCUUCGCCCAUUCCUCCCACCACAAGCCUCUUUCCCCCAAUCCCUUGCUUUUAAUGGAGAUCAGGUAUCUAAAGUGUGAAGACGCAGAUGCUUUGAUCGAUUAUAGGCUGCAGAUUUCACUCCAUCUGAAGACGCUUUCCAUUUUCAAUAGGAUGGGAGAAGGCCUCCAGUAUCAUGGAUUCAUGUUGAAGUGGAAAAUUUAUUUCGAGGUAGAGACGAUUAAUGUAUACAUAGGUUUGUUCGAAAGCCGCAAAAAGCACAUCUAUCUUGGGUUAUUCACGAUGACGGAUUAUGUGAGGAGUUUGAUCGAAAAAUACACGCCGGAGAUGGAGGUAGAGCUACCGAAGCCCUCACUCGAAUACCACCCGGAGGCGACGGAUGACGGACUUCUCAAGAACAACAUGGUCUCUAUGAUGUUGUCCUUCGAUACCAUAAACAAGAAGCUGAAAUCCAUUUGCGAUACAACCGCGGGGGGGACGAACUCACUGAAUGAAUUGGCGGAGGAAUACAGACAGGAAUUACCUGUCUUCGAAACCAUGAAGGACAGGAUCGCCCAAACACUCUUUAACUGGAGCACUGCCCUGAUCGAUGAGAUCAUGGAGCAGCCGGAGCAUAUGCAGGAGCUGCUCAACUUGCCUUCCACAGACACUACCUGGAGCUCUGAGCACAACUGCUCACCAAUUCGAUCUUCGAUGUAAUUUCGCAAAACCUUCAAACAUAGGGAAAUAUAUGACCAGAUGAUCGUUGAGCAGAAGAUGAACAUGGAGGAAAUGCACAGAUCAAUUGGAUAAAAAAGGAAGGAGAAUUCUUCAUCAAAAAAAAGGAAGGAGAAUUAUGAGCUUUGUAGGAGGAAGUGUACAACAAUAUUUUUUACCGAACAAAAAAAACAGCUUAUGGUGUUAUUUUCAAAUGUCGCUUAAAGAUGUCAAAAUGUCGGUUUAGUUUUGCACCGACAUUUAUAAAAAAUGACGGCU